AUGGGUGGCCGGAGCUCUACUCCUGAGGUGGCAGGCAAGGACCUUGCCUGGUAUCCUGGUCCUGGCAAAGCCGGGUCUCACACACCUCAGGAGUUGCGCCGCGGGCUCCGGCGGUCCCCUCGGGGCCUCAAGAAGCUGGUGGAGGCCAUGGAGCAGGGCAGGCACUGGCGCCGGUUCCUCGCCUCUCUCCCCGUCGUCCAGGCUGGGGUGACUGUCCGCCUCCAGGAGAAGGAGUUCUCUGCCGCCUGCCACCUUCUAGAGAGCUGCACCGUGAUGGAGAAGGAGGAGCUGCUCAAGCUGUGGAACGAGGUCCACUACCGCCAAGCGAUCGAGAGGUGCCACGCCCGGUCGCUGACGCCUGUCCAGAAGUACCGGUGUAGGAAAAGGAACCCCCCGCCUGCUUCCCUGUGUCCAGCAAGGGCGAAGAGCAGAUACUACUCCCAGGACGUCCGUGAGAUUCUGCGCAGGUUUGCGGUGGAGGUGACGACCCAUCCCAGCAAGAAGCAGAGGGAAGGCUUGGCUUGCGAGACCAGCCUGGAGCCUCACCGCAUCUACAACUGGUUCGCCAACUAUCGCCGCCGCCAGGGUCGGAAACCCAAAAGCCGGGAGCCGGGCUUCCCUCUGGGCUUUGAGGACAAGGCGGCCUCCCCGAGGGGAUGUCCAGGGGCAAGGAUUUGGCAGGAUGGACCAGCCACAGGACAAGGGGAGAGGCCCCUCCCCACCUGCAAGAAGGAGCAGAGAGGCCACGGCCACCUUUCGGAAGGGGGCUUCCUGCGGCCGACCAGCCUUGGGGAAAGCGAAGCGCUGGGAGCCCCCGGCCCGAGGGCCGUUUCUGUGGGGCCUCUUGAGACCAUCUGGGAGUCGGCAGCUCCCGACGCUGGCCAAGCGGAGGCAAAGCCAGAGGCUGACCCCAACGCCGUGCGGGACCCGGCCGGCCCUUGGCCUGCCAGUCUUGGGGCGCAGAAACCCCUCCGGCCCCCCUCCGGUUCCUCCGCAACAGGCCCCUCCUCCCAGAGCCCCCCCCACGGUCCUUGGACGCGCCCGGGCACCGCUCACAAGGGGAUCCAGUGCACGCUUUGGAGACGGGCCGCUGCCUGCCGGUGCCCCUGCUCCUGCUCCCGAGGAAGCCUCAACGCGAGGGAAGCACCAGCCCCGCCAAGCUCCCCUGGCAGUGAGCGGGAGCCCUAG